GAGAGGACGAUUCGUAAGGAGGCCCCUGGCGCGGUUUCCCCUUGCUCGUCCCUCUGCGGGCUUUGGCCAUAGUUCAGCGGUGUCUAGAGGGUGGUCUGUUCUCGUCUACCUGCCUGACUUUCUGGAGAGGUACCUGUGGUUGGCCCAGUAGUCGGCUGUCGAAAGUGCCGGCCCCCGCGCCGGCGCCGGCUGCAGCCGGGUGGGAAGGCUCAAGAUGGCGUGCCUGUUGGAGACCCCAAUCCGCAUGAGCGUCCUCUCGGAAGUAACAGCUAGCAGUCGCCACUAUGUUGACAGGCUAUUUGACCCUGAUCCCCAGAAAGUUCUACAAGGUGUCAUAGACAUGAAAAAUGCUGUAAUUGGAAACAACAAGCAGAAAGCCAACCUCAUUGUUUUAGGAGCUGUUCCAAGAUUAUUGUACUUGCUUCAGCAAGAAACCUCAAGCACAGAAUUGAAAACUGAAUGUGCAGUGGUAUUGGGAAGUCUUGCUAUGGGUACUGAAAACAAUGUUAAGUCUCUACUAGAUUGCCAUAUUAUCCCUGCCUUACUGCAAGGACUACUGUCCCCAGACCUGAAGUUCAUUGAAGCUUGCCUCCGAUGCCUGCGCACCAUCUUCACCAGUCCCGUCACUCCAGAGGAACUACUGUAUACAGAUGCCACGGUGAUACCGCACCUCAUGGCGCUGCUUAGCAGGUCCCGCUACACCCAGGAGUAUAUCUGUCAGAUCUUCUCACACUGCUGUAAAGGUCCAGAUCAUCAAACAAUUUUAUUUAACCAUGGUGCAGUUCAGAAUAUUGCUCACCUACUAACCUCAGUAUCUUACAAAGUUCGAAUGCAAGCACUGAAAUGCUUCUCAGUUUUAGCUUUUGAAAACCCCCAGGUAUCGAUGACCCUGGUAAAUGUUUUGGUUGAUGGAGAGUUGUUACCACAGAUUUUUGUGAAGAUGUUACAGAGGGAUAAGCCCAUUGAGAUGCAGCUGACAUCGGCAAAAUGUUUAACUUACAUGUGUAGAGCUGGAGCAAUUCGGACAGAUGACAACUGUAUUGUAUUAAAGACAUUGCCUUGUUUGGUUCGAAUGUGCAGUAAGGAGAGGUUACUAGAGGAGAGAGUUGAAGGAGCUGAGACACUCGCCUAUCUGAUUGAACCAGAUGUUGAGCUGCAGAGAAUUGCUAGCAUUACUGAUCACCUCAUUGCCAUGCUUGCUGAUUACUUCAAGUAUCCCAGCUCUGUGAGUGCCAUCACUGAUAUUAAAAGGCUUGAUCAUGACUUAAAGCAUGCUCAUGAACUUCGCCAGGCUGCAUUCAAGCUCUAUGCCUCUCUCGGAGCAAACGAUGAAGACAUCCGGAAGAAGAUCAUUGAGACUGAAAAUAUGAUGGACCGAAUUGUGACUGGCUUGUCUGAGUCUAGUGUCAAGGUGCGGUUAGCUGCCGUCAGAUGUUUGCACAGUUUAUCUAGAUCUGUGCAGCAGCUUCGAACCAGUUUCCAGGAUCAUGCUGUGUGGAAACCUUUAAUGAAGGUUUUACAAAAUGCACCAGAUGAAAUCCUAGUAGUAGCAUCGUCCAUGCUAUGUAAUCUCCUUCUUGAAUUCUCUCCAAGCAAAGAGCCAAUUUUAGAAUCAGGAGCUGUAGAGCUACUUUGUGGACUAACCCAAAGUGAAAAUCCUGCUUUACGAGUGAAUGGAAUUUGGGCUUUAAUGAAUAUGGCAUUUCAGGCUGAACAAAAAAUAAAAGCAGAUAUUUUGCGAAGCUUGAGUACUGAACAGCUCUUCCGGUUAUUAUCAGAUUCAGAUUUGAAUGUGCUGAUGAAGACAUUGGGACUUCUUAGAAACCUACUCUCUACUCGCCCUCACAUAGAUAAAAUAAUGAGUACUCAUGGAAAGCAAAUUAUGCAAGCUGUCACCCUUAUUUUGGAAGGGGAGCAUAACAUUGAAGUCAAAGAGCAGACACUGUGCAUCUUAGCCAACAUAGCAGAUGGGACAACAGCAAAAGAACUUAUUAUGACCAAUGAUGACAUCCUGCAGAAAAUCAAGUAUUAUAUGGGUCAUUCACAUGUCAAAUUGCAGCUUGCCGCUAUGUUUUGUAUAUCAAACCUCGUAUGGAAUGACGAGGAAGGCUCACAAGAACGCCAGGAUAAAUUACGAGACAUGGGCAUCGUAGAUAUUCUACACAAACUGAGUCAGUCACCAGAUUCAAAUCUUUGUGACAAACACUUAACAGAUGUGGAGUUAUUGCCAACUAGACCUCUCCACCCCAGGCUCAGAGGGCCUCGAAUUUGUGAAGUUAUGGCCAAUGAGAGGGCAAAGACGGCGCUGCAGCAGUACCUGGCGUGAUGAGAACACCCCGGGCACCUGUGGGCAUCCCACAUCCUUGUUAAAGGAAGUACAGGAACUAGCCUCAUUUGAUUCCUUCUAUUUGCACAAGUCACCUUGGACUGCAGGGAGCUGUUUUGCAAAAGCAGUUUGGUAGGCUUAGAUCUCAAAUUCAUCUUGAGAACAUUUUUUUGAGGUAGUAAUUUCCUCAGAGGACUGUUGUGUUUUGUUUUGUUUCUUUCUGAGCUACCUGGACUCUUUAUUAGAACAAUCAGUUAUUUUCCUUUGGACCUACAGUUUUUUGCCUAUGCUGCAGCCACUUUGUGAGUGAGAAUGGAUGUGUGUCUGCACACACACAGAUGUGUGUGUGUGUGUGCGUGUGUGGAUGAAGGUCAGGAUGAAUGAAUAUGUGUGUGUGAGGGAUACCUCAAAGUUUUCUUUUCUUAUUUUGUGUGAAAAUCUCUUUUCUACAGA